AUGAUGGACUUCAUCAUCAAGUUUGCGCAGGCUCACGAAACCUUUCGCAUUCCCGAAAUCGAAGCACUCGCCACGAUCGAAAAUAUACCACUGAAAAUCAUCCAAUCAGAUGAAGCGUCCCCCAUAUGCAUUGUGCAACUGCCCUCUGCAGACGCAGCAAAGAAACUCAUUCGUCGAUCCAUCAUGGCACAGUCAAUUCAUGAACUAUGGGGCUCUGGCAAAAACAUGGAAGAGCUCAACGAAUCCGUCAGAGCGACAAGUAGCACAGAGUGGCCAAGAUACAAGAACUCAUCCUUCAAGUUUGUGUUUGAUUCGUAUCAAGGGUCGCGUUCCAAGUCCAGCCAGCUGUCUGUGAUCAACAACUUCCAGUAUCUGCCGUUUGAAGGACCUAUUAUCAUGAAGAACCCAGAUGAGAUCUUCACCAUAUUAGAGCUCUGGCCGUGGAAUAGCGUUCCGAUGGGAGUCGAGCACCCAGACUACUAUCACCUGGGACGCUUUAUUGCCAAUUCAGCUCGCGACGUUGUGCUCAAAUUUGACCUGAAGAAACGACAGUACAUAUCGACAACGAGCAUGGACUCCGAGCUUGCCCUGAUAACUGCGAACAUCGCACUGGCUGCCCCUGGAAAAAUAUUCUACGACCCCUUCGUUGGAACAGGGUCAUUUCCUAUUGCAUGUGCUCACUUUGGUGCAGUCAGCUGGGGCAGUGAUAUAGAUGGACGAAGCAUCCGAGGCGAGGGCAACGAAAAAAGCCUCAAGGGGAACUUCGGACAAUACGAUAUCCAGUCAUUCCUGGGCGAUGUCUUCGCAGCCGAUGUCACAAAUAGCCCAAUCUGCAGACGGAGAGUCUGGGACGGCAUAGUCUGUGAUCCGCCAUACGGGGUAAGAGAAGGACUGCGAGUACUAGGAAUAAAAGAUCCAGAGAAAACGCCGUGGCUGGUCGAACGUGGCCUUAAGCAUGGGAUGGAAUUUGAUUACGUGCCACCAAAGAAACCGUAUAGUUUCCUGGCAAUCCUCGACGACAUCCUCGUACUUGCAGUGGAAACACUGGUUGACAACGGAAGACUUUCGUUCUGGAUGCCCACAGCCAACGAAGAAGACCAACAAAUUUCUGCCCCAGCACACCCUAGUCUCGAGAUCGUGGCAAACUGCGUCCAGGUAUUCAACAAAUGGUCCCGAAGACUGAUUACGUACCGGCGCAGACCGGAUUCAGAGGUGUCCAAGGAAGCACUCGAGCUGUAUGCCGACAGGGAGAUCAUCAGUGAAGUUGGAACCACGGCCAACGAACUGAACCCGUUUCGUCGCGGGUAUUUUAGAAAAUUCCAAAGUGAUAGCUAA